UCGGGCAUUAUUUUUAACUUUCCGCGCAGUUUGUCUUUCGGUGUUUUCACCUUCAAGAAGUGGGUGAAGUACUUUGAAAAGUCUUACUAAAUGAAAGCAGGAUGCCUGCCAUUAAGUUACAGUAUGUUGUGUCGUCUAGCAGUGAAGAUACGACACACAAGGCAGACAACCUUUUGAAACCAGAGUCUUAUCGGAAGUGGAAAUGUGCUGAAGAUGCUGAAAGAAAAGCCUCUGUUAUUCUGCAGUUUGAGAAAGCGUCCCAGAUUCAUUCCAUUGAUAUUGGAAAUGACAACUCUGCAUUUGUGGAGGUGUUGGUCGGCCAUUCCACUUCAACCUCAUCAGAUGACUAUCAGGUGGUACUUGUUACAUCGUCAUUCAUGAGCCCCAUGGAUAGCAAGAAUGGAAUCAACACAAACCGCGUCCGCAUGUUUGGUCCUGAGAAACUCUCUAAAGCUGUCUUAGACAAGAAAUGGGAUCGAGCCAAAGUUGUUUGCUCUCAGCCUUUUAAUAAGUUGAGUUCAUACGGCUUGUCUUUUAUCAAGUUCCACUCUCCGCCUGAAAAAACUGAGGUGUCUUCAUCAGCCAAUCAAUCGGAGCAACAGAGUUCCAGUAAACUUGGAAUGUUCAGACUGAAGGAGGACACCAAGUCCACAAGUUUAACGGCUGGAAGUUUCUUUAAACAGAGAAGCAUACCAAAGACGGAACCAGCGCCACUUACUGGUGCUGCAGCAGUGCGGGCAGCAGCAACUUUAGCUGCAGCAUCCUUAAAAACCUCAGUUUCAACCUCACAAUCGACAAUGGCAGCAGGACCAACAACAACAACAACAACAACAACAACAACAAACCAGGUCAGACCAUCGACCAACUCCACUCCUAAACCAGCAGACAAACACAGCGACCGACCCCAGAAGGUGACUCAGAAGAGGAGACUCUCUGAUGAGGACUCUACUCCGUCAUCGAGACCAGGAGACUCUCGGAAUGCUGCGACGAGACGGAACAACGCUGAUAGAGAGGAGAAGAAGACUGCAGCCCCGCCCUCUAAGAAGAGUAGAGACAAUGAGGAUACAUCAAGGAAGAAGAAAUCCUCCAAGCCCUUUGAGAGGUUAAUGGAGGGAGUGACGUUCGUCUUAAGUGGUUUCCAGAAUCCCCUGCGAGGUGACCUUAGAGACAAGGCAAUGGCGAUGGGCGCUAAAUACAAACCGGAUUGGGGGAAGGGAUGUACACAUCUUGUUUGUGCCUUUGCCAACACACCUAAGUUUAACCAAGUACAAGGCAAGGGCAAAAUAGUCACCAAGGGUUGGAUACUAGACUCCUACAAGAAGAAGUCUGUCCAUCCGUGGAGGAGGUACAAUAUGGUGUCCACCAGCGAUGACAGCUCAAGCUAUGAGGAAGAAAGUGAAACUGAGGAUGAAGAAGACAGGGAACCAAACAAGAGGAGAAGAGCACCACCCAAGAAAGCCACACCUAAUAAAGCAACUGCCACGUCUAAAACUGCCACGCCUAAAGUAGACACACCCAGAGAUGGCCGACCUGAUGAUGAGGAUAAAAAGGAAGAAGUUGCUGCUUCAUCAAUGGCUGAUCAGAGGACUGACCCUACCAAAGCUGCUACUGGGUCUGCUGAUUCUGUACCCGCUGAAGUAGCUGCUGCUGUUGAUGAUGACUGCAGUACAACAGACAUUGAGAGUGAGGAUGGAGGGAACAACCUGAACCCCAAAGCAUCCUUUCAAGAUGAUAUAUCAUCAGGAGGUGAUACUGAGGAUGAAGUCAGAAGGAUACAAGAAAACAAGAAAGUCAAAGCUAAGCCAAGUUCUACAGAUCCCUAUGAUAGUUCUACUGAUGAGGAACCCGACAGCGAGACACCAGACCCUCCAGUCUCUCCACCGUUGCCUACUGCUGUACCUGACCUGCCUGACUUCUUUGAAGGGAAGGUGUUUUUCCUCUACGGGAAGUUUGAAGCAGAGGAGAGGAGGCAGUUGACAAGGCUUAUUGUAGCAUUCGAAGGGACUGUGGAAGACUACAUGUCAGACCAAGUUAUCUUUGUUGUAACGAACUCAGAUUGGGAUGAUAACUUUGACAAGGCAUUAUCGGAUCAUCCUGGCCUGGCGUUUGUGCGUCCAAAGUGGAUCUACAAUUGCUGUGAGAAAUCCAAGAAGGUUCCCUAUCAGCCGUAUGUCAUCGUGCCGAGCUGAGUCUGGUCUGCUUCAACAAGUUUAGUGUAGAUCACUGAGGUGGCCAGGAGGUGUCGUGGCUGAGCGGUUGAGAGCAUAAAACUAAAGCUCUGGUGUAUCUGAUCAGUGGGGGUUCAAGUCCAAGUCGUGACACUUGUGUCCUUAGGCAAGACACUUAACCGGUGCUUCAUCCUUCGCAUGGCACAUAGAUGUAAAGCUGUAGGUCUUGUGUGGUUUUAUACAAACCUAUCAACCAAUGUACCCCAGUACACACUUAUUGUUAAGAGAAGGGGUUGGCUCAGGUGUUUCUGGCAGUGCGACUAUCUUCAAUCAUGAAGGCUGCACUAGAAAGGGAGAAGAAGACGAAGAAGAAGUUUAUUCGAUAUCUGCAUGCUGCAUGAUCAUUUUAUCACAUGAACUCUUUUGAAGGUAUGAUAAAAACAAUGAUAUAUCAAUGCUUUUAUGGAAGCUGUCAUUUGUUUCUGUGGUCUACACACAAUUCAACCAACCCUGUUAAAAAUUUUAACAUACUUGGACGUAAAGAUUGUUAACCUGUCCCCGCUCAACCCCAAAUUUAUUCAGCAGAGUGUUGGUUUGAAUCCCUGUCGUGACACUUGUGUCCUUGAGCAAGACACUUAACCAUAAACGCUAAUGGUUACUAUAGUGAGGGCAGAGAUUGUUUUUGUGAUUGAUUUAACUGAGUAGCGCAUCAUUUGUUGUACAGGUUGUAUAAUCUCAAGGGAGAUGAGCCGGUUUAAGGAAUGAAUUAAGGCCCAGUGACCAGGGGUAUAUAUAUAUUGGAAGCGCUUUGAGAU